GAAGUCUCAUAUCAUCCCUCCCCAACGGGAUACGCGUCGCUACAGAAAAUACACCAGGUCACUUUUCGGCAGUAGGUGUAUAUGUGGACGCAGGUUCAAGAUAUGAAACUCCACAGACAACUGGAGUAAGCCACAUUUUAGAUCGAACGGCGUUUAAGGGUACAAAAACUCGUACAAGUGAACAAACACAAGCUAUUUUAGAAUCGUUAGGUGGUAAUAUUAUGUGUGCUAGCAGUCGUGAAGCUAUUAUGUACCAAUCAGCCAUAUUUAGUCAGGAUUUGCCAAAGAUUAUAGAGCUUUUUUCUGACGUGAUUCGCAACCCACUUAUUGACCCAGAAGAAGUUGCAGAACAGCGACGGACAGCACUUUAUGAAAUUCAGGAAAUUUGGCAAAAACCUGAAAUGAUCAUGCCAGAAUUGCUUCAUACGGUUGCUUAUAAGAACAAUACUCUGGGAAAUCCAAUGCUAUGUCCAGAAGAAAGAUUAAACACAAUUACCCCGGAGCUUAUAAGAGAUUAUAUGUUAACAUGGUAUCGUCCUGAGCGAAUAGUCGUGGCAGCCGUUGGAGCAAAGCAUGAAGAUGUUGUGGAAUUAGUUAGCAACCAUUUUGGGGAUAUACCAAGAUCACCAGAUUUCAAUUCACAUUUUUCAUUGCCACUCUCCGUCACAUCAUCAAACUAUAAACAAUCAAAAACGUCACUGUACAAAACAAUAACCACAGCGGCAUCAUCGAUACUUCACCCAAAACAACCAGCAACUUCUACCAUUGCGACGCAAAAAGCACAUUAUACAGGUGGUACACUUUUACUCGACAAAUCACAGCCUCACACCCAUCUUUAUAUAUCAUUUGAAGGACUUUCGAUCCAUGAUCCUGAUAUAUAUGCACUUGCUAUACUCCAAAUGUUACUUGGUGGAGGUGGAUCGUUUUCAGCCGGUGGACCAGGAAAAGGGAUGUAUACACGUUUGUUUACUAACGUUCUCAAUCAAUAUUCAUGGGUAGAGUCUUGUAUGUGUUUCAAUCAUUGUUAUACCGAUUCGGGACUUUUUGGAAUUAUGGCAUCAUGUCGUCCUGAAUACAAUCGCGCAUUAGUGGAUGUAAUUGCCAAGCAAUUCGAAUCUGUGACAAGUUAUGGACGUGGAGGAGUAACUCAAUUGGAGCUUGCGCGAGCAAAGAAUCAACUAAAAAGUAGUUUACUAAUGAAUUUAGAAUCCAGGAUGGUUCAGCUAGAGGAUCUAGGCAGACAGGUUCAAGUUCAUGGUUUUAAAAUCCCAGCGGAAGUGAUGUGUAAAAAAAUUGAUGAUGUUACAUUAGAAGAUCUUGUGAGAGUUGCAAGGAAAAUUAUUAGAGGGGAUGUAGUCAACGAAGGGCAGGGUACUGGGCAAGUGACGGUAGUUGCUCAAGGAAAUUUGAGUGGAUUACCAGAUGUAGUUAAAAUUUGUGAACGAUAUGGUCUAGGUAAACAUAGUGGUUCGAAAUGGUUGCGAUAUAAAAUCGAAAAAAUGUCGACUACAGACAAAAAUAACUUAAAAACAGAUUCUUAUACAGUAUCAGAUUUAUUACCUAAAAUUUCUUCUUUGAUAGAUACAUGUGACUAUCAGUUAGCCUUACAGUUUGCUAAAAGAGCUUUGAGCAUGGAAAGUAAUAAUAUUAUGGUUUUAGAGAUUUUGGGAAUGGUGGAAAUAGAAUUAGGAAUGUUCGAUGAUGCUAAAGAGCAUUUUUUAAAAGCCAUUUCAAUAAGUCCGAAUCAAGGAUAUUCAAAAUAUAUGUAUAUGGGUCAAUUAUGUGAAGGUCUAGAAGCUAUUAAAAAUUUUCAAUGUGGUGUUAAUUUAAUGAUUGACGAACACAAAUCAAUUACUUCCAAUAAGUCAUCAUCAUCACAAGAUUCACAGGAAUCUUUAAACCGUAAAAUUUCUACGGCAUUAUGUUCAAUGAUUGAAAUCUAUUUAACUGACUGUUGUUUCGAAUCAGAUGCUGAAUCAAAAUGUGAAGAAUAUUUAAAUCAAGCUUUGGAGAUCGAUCCAAUAAAUCCUGAAGUUUAUCAAUUAUUAGCCUCAGUUAGGCUUUCUCAGCAAAGAAACGAAGAAGCAAAAAUUGCACUGGAAAAAAGUUUAAGUUUAUGGAUCAAUUUAGAACCAGGUGAUCCAUUAAUACCCUCUUACGACAUCCGAAUAUCUCUAGUAAAGUUACUCCUUGAGCUUUCUCAAUAUACUCAAGCACUUUCGGUUCUUGAAAUAUUGCAAAAGGAAAAUGAUCAAAUAGUCGAUAUAUGGUAUCUUUACGGAUGGUGUUAUUACUGUAUGGGUCAAGACUCGCUGCAAAAUAAAGAAGAUCAUUUGGUCCAUUGGGAAGACGCCCGCGAUUGUUUGGUUACUUGUGAAAAGGCAUCCUACAACACACACAAGAAAUCUUACAAACCAUCAACUCUCUUGUAA